AUGGCAGCAUACUGGCCCGCCGCUCUCGUUCUGCUGCUCGCCGUCGUUGUCGUCGGCGCAUCUGUCGCCAAUUCAGCGAUUCUCGAUGUCUCUGACGCUGCCACCGUUCCUGCCGCACGAGACGCCGCCUUGACCGCCGCGAGUAUCGGCGGUCGUAAGAGCGGCAGCGGCAUUGCUGGCAUUUCCGCAGCCGCCGCCGGCGGAAACGGCGGCGCCGUCGUCGUUGAGAGGGUUGCAUGGGGUCGCAAUACGAGCGACAGCAGCGGCGAAAGCUACGACGCGGGCGACGAUAGCAGCGAUGUGAUAAGCGAGUUUGGCAUCAUGGCGUGUAGCGCAGUGGGCUUGCUUCGCUCCGAACGUGCAGAUUCUGCCAUAAGCGCUGCCUUAGAACCGGCCGAUCCUGUAAAUUAUUCCAAUGAAAGUGCUGCUGCUGCUUCUGCUGCUGCUGCUGCUGCAGCCGCAGAUGGUGGUGCUGCCGGCGCGCAAGGCGGCAAGGGCGGAGGGUUCACAGCGCCGAAGGACCACCGGACGGAGCUACGGUGGGAUGUGUACAGCAUUAGCGGCCUCAUCCUCACUGCAUGCUGCGCGCUGCUGGCGAACGCGGCGGGGAUAGGCGGGGGGCCAUUCUACAUGCCACUCUUCAACUCCUUCCUCGGCUUCACCGCCAACGGCGCCACCGGCCUCUCGCACACCAUGGUCGCCUCCAGCCCCGCGGAUCCAUCACAGCCGUUGAUCGACCUGCGCCUGGCGCUCACCUUCACGCCUGCGCUGCUGCUGGGCGUCAGCUGCGGUGUGCUGCUCAACCCGCUCCUGCCGCCCUGGCUUCAGACGUCCCUACUGGCGAUACUGCUGGGGUACGUAGCGAGGGAGACGGGCAUCAAGGCGAGCAAGGCGUGGGAGAAGGAGACCCAAGCCGCUGCGGCCAGGCAGAAUCAGCAGCAGCAGCGGCAGCAGCAGCCCCCCUCCACCUCCUCCUCCUCGAUCAACACGCCUCUGCUUUCACAGUCAGCAGCAGCAGAAGCAGCAGCAACUGCCCCCUCCUCCUCUGCCCCUUCUGCCGCUUCCUCCUCUCCCACCGCCCACGUCCAUUCCAAGCGGCGCUGGUUGGACCCGUCCAGUGGAUCUGGGCGGCUGUCGGACUUUGUGGCUCACACUGCCGCCCAGCUGCUGCCACUCGUGGGCCUUGGCGUGCUGUGGGUGUCAAUGAUGGCCCUUGAGCGCGGGCUGGCAGGCACGACGCGGUGCAGCCGCCAGUUCUUCCUCUACUGGGCGGCACAGACGCUGCUCUGCUUUGCCGCCACUGCUGCCAUGGUGGCCUAUCAGGUUCGGGCGGCGUCCACCAAUCCGGAUGCAGAGGGGGCGUCAGCACUCUCACGGGUGCUCAUGGCUGGGCAGACAGAUGAGGACGGGGCAGGCGAUGAUGAAGUUGUGGAGGCCCGGAGAAAGCGGGCUGCCCAGAAAAUAUUUAAGGUGGUGGGGGUGAUGGUGGUGGCGGGAGUGAUGGUGGGGGUGCUGGGCAUCGGAGGGGCACCGCUCUUCAACCCCUUCAUGCUCUCGCUCGGCAUUCCGCCCCAGAUCACAGCAUCAACGUCAGUGAUGAUGGUGCUGUUUGGCAGCAGCAGCGUCUCCCUCUCCUUCCUCUUCCUCCACCGCCUCAACCUCGCCUAUGCUGCCGUCUUCGCCCCCACCGCCUUCAUCGCCUCCCUCCUGGGGGUCACAAUCGUGGGUCGUAUAGUCAAGAGCACCGGCCGUGCUUCGAUCAUCAUCUUUAUUCUCACUGCGAUCAUUGCUGUGGGGACCACACUGACGGUGGUGCUGGGCGCGCCGAGGAUUUUAGAUGAUGUGAUGAAUGCCAGGAACCUCUGGUUCCACUCGCUCUGCCCUGCCAAUAAAUGCUUGCGAAUGUCUUCCUCCACUUGCUGUGCUGAUACGGCAGAUGCUCUCCCAGUUGCCGAUUGA